GCGACGGUUCGGACCCCAUCCGUUCACUAGCCGGAGUCGAGACAGACGAGAGCGAACUCCGCGGCCUGAACCGGCAGCAGCGACUCCCUCAGCCUCGCCGCCUCGCCAGCCGGAACCCCGGCGCCAGACCCUGGAGUCAGGCCCCUGGGGCAGGGGGGCUCGGAGGCACAGAAUGGCGGAUUUCGACGAGAUCUACGAGGAGGAGGAGGACGAGGAGCGGGCCCUGGAAGAGCAGCUGCUCAAGUACUCGCCGGACCCGGUGGUGGUCCGCGGCUCCGGUCACGUCACCGUAUUUGGACUGAGCAACAAAUUUGAAUCAGAAUUCCCUUCUUCAUUAACUGGAAAAGUAGCUCCUGAAGAAUUUAAAGCCAGCAUCAACAGAGUUAACAGUUGUCUUAAGAAGAACCUUCCUGUUAAUGUACGUUGGCUACUUUGUGGCUGCCUUUGUUGCUGCUGCACAUUAGGUUGCAGUAUGUGGCCAGUUAUAUGCCUCAGUAAAAGAACACGAAGAUCGAUUGAGAAGUUAUUAGAAUGGGAAAACAAUAGGUUAUACCACAAGCUGUGCUUGCACUGGAGACUGAGCAAAAGGAAAUGUGAAACGAAUAACAUGAUGGAAUAUGUCAUCCUCAUAGAAUUUUUACCAAAGACACCAAUUUUUCGACCAGAUUAGCAUUUACUUUAUUUAUAGAGACUUUCCAAGUAUGUUGUCUUUCCAAUGGUGCCUUGCUUGGUGCUCUCCUGGUGGUGACAUAACAUUGGUUCUACAGAAUUGUGUGGUGUUUUUUUUUUUGUUGUUGUUGUUGUUUGUUUUCGUUUUUGUUUUUUUUUUAAAUAACCGCAUGUUCUGUGUGUGCAUAUUUGUCAAACUUUGCAAGUUAUUUCAUACAGAUGUUUAAUACUUAAGUUAUUGUGCUUUAUUCUGUUAUGUAUUCUGAUUUUCAAGGAUUACUUUUUGUAUUCUCAAAAAAAUACAUUUGAACUUAGCAUACAAAGUGGCCAGCCUUUUUUAUUUUAUCACCAAGGUACACACAAUUCUUUAUUUAUAAAUUUCUUAACAUAGAAAAACACCUCUGUAAGACGCUACUUAUCUAUUCUAGCAAGCACACUCUUUGUAUUAUUUUUUCUUCCUUUUUAAAAUUUAAUAUAGAAAUUACUUUAAAAUAAUAAGUUUUCUUUAAUAGCCUUUGGAACAUAACAUACCCUUUGUCAUAUAAUUCCUAAAUAUUCUUUUUACAGCAGAUCUAUCUGUUAACAUUAUGAAGACCUAUCAAAAAGUUUUGAAAAUAUUUCUGUCUUAAAAGGUAGUAAGGCAGAAUUAAAUUAUUUUUAUUAGAAUAGGCAAAUCAAUGAAUGGUAUGCAUGCAUCUAAUGGUUACUAGAGCUCAGGAUCACAAAAUAUAGUAGCAUCACAAUCUGCAUAUAUUUUUGGUCAAGAUGAUAUUAAUAAUGGCCUUACUUGGGUUAUUUUUAUUGUUCACCAUAUCUUAUAUUCAAAACUAUGGCAGUACUCCUUUAAACAUUUCUAAGAAAAAAUAUUCCUCCCAAUCAAAUGUAGUUGUAGAAUGGAUAUGUUUCUAAAGAGUUUCGAAAAGAAAACAAAAGUUCUAGAUUAAAAGUAAGCUAUUAUUUAAUACCCCAAUGGUAUUUAGAACAAGUUCCUACUAAGGGGAAUGGAGGACAUAUUUAGUACUGUUUUUAUCUGUGCAUUCACUUUCAGUCAGUUAUGUUACUUUUUUUGAUUGAGAGUGACUGUGACAUGAAUCAUUAGUUUAUUAUUUUUAAAUAUAUACUAUACACAUACAUACUUUUUUUCUUUUUGAUUAUAGAUAACCUCCAUGCAUUUAAAAACUUUUUAGAUAUCUAUAUGGCCUAUGUGUAAAUUUUUGUUUUUAUAAGCCUGAAAUUAUACAAGUUUUAAUGUGUGUCAAGAGUUUGUUCCAUGCAACUGUGGUAUCGAGCAAUAAUGUGAAUAACUUUUGAAAUUAUAUAAACUAUGCUUAAUAAUUUGUAUUAAGAAUUGGUACCACUAUAUAAUACCUUUUUUCCUUGUAUUAAAUCUUUUAAAUACUGGUUUCAUUAAUUUAUAUACCUGUAUUUUUUUAAAAAGGUAUUUCUUUGUACUUCUCCAAAGUACUGUACUUCUACAUAAAUUUGAAUAGUUAAAUGCCAGUAUCUUGCAUCCUAUAUACUAUACUGGACAUUAGGAAUUAUCUUAAAAGCUAGGAUUAUUUUUUUUUUUUUGUCAGAGAAUGAUCUGUUUGCCUUGUCCCCCACAUAAUUUAACAACUUGAAUUUAUAGAAUACUUUUCCUGUGAAGAGCUCAAAGUACAAAGAAUUCAAAUACUUCCACUUUUAUUUAACUUGUGUCUGAAGUGUGUCCUGCCACUUUAAAGUAGUGCAAUUAAAAGUAACGCUAUUUAAAAACUCCAGUAUUUGUCUGGUUUCAGUGUGGAAAAUACUGUAUCUCCAUAUAAUACUAAAUCUGCCUCAGGAUUCAGAAAGAGCAAAAAAAAUGUAAUGACUGUGUAGACUAUGCAACACAAGAGUUCCCUGUUUAAAAUUGUGUAAAUCCAUAUAAUGCUGUAGAAAUCAGCAUUAUGAAAAGAACUUACUUAUUUAGAUACAUUUUUCUUCCCAUUAUUAGUCUUCUGUCAAUAAUAAUUUUUCAAAAUUAUAUUCCUGUAAGAAUAUUUUAAUAUAAGAUAAGUUUCAUAGUUGAUGAUAUUAAGUAUAGAAUUUCAAAAAGCUUUUCCUGUUUUAUUGAAAGGUAAGUCAGUUGCUGUAAAGAUUCCCUGAGAAUAUGCAUUACACUUCCAAUGUGUGUGUAGAAAAGAACCAUAAAUGUUUAAUAUAUUGCAUUACCAUAAGCCACUUUGAGCUGUUAGAAUUUCAUGCUUGGAUUUUCAUAAGGAUUCUCCAGUAUAUUAUUUUUUCAUGAAUCAUGAAUUUAAGUACCCAUGUUACUGUUAAUCAGAAAUGUCAGAGAUGCCCAUGUCAUAUGAAUAUUAGUCCAAGAAAAUAUUUAAAAUGGCAAUUUUUUUCAUCAGCUCCUGUUUUCUGAUUUAAAGUUUGUGAGAUAUGAAUCAAAGAUACUUUCUAAACUGGCCAGGAAAAGAUAUUGGCAGAAAAUCCAAUGUAAAGAUUUUUAUAUAGGUUAAGUGACACAACAACUUGGGGUCUUUUAAAAUACAUCACCUGCAUUUUAUAGGCAGUCACUAUUCCUGUAUAGAAACUUUUUUUUUUCCCUCAAAUAAUGUACUUUGCAAAUCCUGUUGUAUUUUAGUACAUAGAUGGGCAAGAAGUCACCUUACCUAUCUAAAAUCAUCAUCAGAUGCUUUAUUAAGACUCUUUAAUGACCAGAUUUCAGUCAUUUAAAAUAUAAACUUGUAAUUUGAGCCUAAAAUCCACAAAAUACGUUUAAUAAAACCUUAAAUAAUCAUAAACAAUUAUUUCUUUUUCUUAUUAGAAAAGUUAGUUUUGUAAUUGAAUACUUUCAAAUCAAGAAGAGCCACACCUUUCCCUAUGAUUGUGUUUUCAGUGUUAUUUACAGAGAACUUCUAUAUUAGUAGACAUAGUCCAGCCAUAUAAGACUUUGA